AUGAUUCCUUUCAUCAUUUCCUAUGUGAUGAAAUUGAAUCCAGACACAGAAUCAAAAAUUCUUACUUCUUCAUGGCAGGUACCUGUGUUCUUGAUUGGUUUUUCACCUUAUUGUGGUCAUUGCAAAGCUGUAUUACCAUAUUGGGAAAAGUUGAAAGAAAAAUACGAAAAUGACAAGCAUAUUUUAAUUUCAGAGCUAAAUUGUGUUGACUUUCGCGAUAUGUGCAGGAAUAAAUACAAAGUUGGAUCUUAUCCUUCUUUCAAAGUCAUAAAAAGAGGCCAGAUAGAAGGUGUUCAUCCAGCUAAUCGUAAUCUUGAAGGGUUUGAUAAGAUAGCAACCGAGCUGAGACAACAAAAUAUGGAUGAAAUGUGUAAUCAAAUUGCUUUUAUGCCAAAAGAUGUUAGUUAUCCUUAUUUCAUUUAUCAUACUACAGAAAACAUCAAGACAGCAUGCAAGUUCAUGGAAUCUCUAGAGAGAAGAGAAUCAAUCAAACCAUUUCGAAAACAAAUUUUUACGGAUGCCAACGCGACAAAUACAUAUUUCGAAGCUAUUUUAAGUCCAAACACAAGUUUAAACAUGUCUGGAUUUGUGGAAACAUAUAAUAUUGAAAGUUUCGUUGAAGAAUACAAAUACAAAAAUUUCCAACAGAUUCCUUGGGUAGUUGCAUUCUCAAGGAAGAGACCAAUCGCUUUAUUAGUUAAUUCUACAACACAAGUAGCCCCACAAUUUGAGAAUUUAUCAAAUACAAGUCCAAAAUAUUAUUGGAUUGCAAUAACGAGCAAAGCGUAUAAUUCGAACUGUCCAAUUGGAUAUAACAUCACUGAUAAUGAUCUUCCUGCUAUUUGGUUUUCAAAUCCAAAGAAGAAUAAAGGAAAAUUGUUAUUAAACGCAACAGUUGAGUCAAUUAAUGAUAUAUUAGGCAAAGAUCCCAAAAAUCUACCAGAAAUGAAAGCUUUUAAAUUUAAAAACGCGUUUGCUCGCUCAAAAAUAGUUUUCAAUACAAUUGAUUACGUUAUUUUUGCAGUAAUUGGCGUUUCUGUUGCAACGAUUUUGUUUGCUAUCGGAUUUAUUAUAUAUGAGCUUCGAAAUUCGCUGAAGAUUGAAUAA